CGAUACAGUUCGCAUCAAUUCGGUACGAAUUCGCAAAAUAAGGGUAAAACGCGAAUUGUUGCAUCAUUUUUACGCUUAAAAAUUGCGAUUCGUCAAUUCGUCUUUAGACACUUUAUCCACACAUCUCGGAAAAAGCGUGUAGAACUAGGCGCCAGUUCAUGAAAGAGCGUGAAGAGACAGUAAAAAAACACAGAAAAACUGUGAACUAGUAAAAGUAUGGAUCACGUCGAUAGGAAAAAAAGGAUAGAACACGUUACUGAGAAACAGUGAAGAAAAAGCGAUAUAAUUUCUUCGGCCUUUUUCGCCAUGUAACGGUUUCACAUGUGAACAAAAAUGCCACAAAAACAGAAACCUUUACGUUAUAUCAAGAACCAGUUACCGGGAAAGCAAAAAAAGUGCUAAGCUCAAUAAUCUUUGCUUCCCUAUUCAUAGCUGGAGAUGUUGUGCAUAUAAUACAGUUAGUUUAAUCGUCUUUUAAGUUCAGAAUUCACCUACAUCAACAACGACAGUUUCUACUGAAACUACAACAUACAUAACUGAGCUGAAAUGGAAUUCAACUGGAAUAACGGUUGCGGGUGGUAAUGGCGCUGGAAAUAACACAAAUCAGUUAAAUGCACCGUAUGCUAUUUUUGUUGAUAAAAAUAAUUAUGUUUACAUAGCAGACAAGGGGAACAAUCGCAUUCAACGAUGGUCGCCAGGAGGCACAAAUGGUGUUAUUGUGGCUGGUAAUGGUGUUAGUAGUAAUUCAACUCUUUCAUUAAAAGCACCACCGAGCUUGUAUGUUGAUUCACAGGGCGGUAUAUUCGUGGCUGACGAAAGCAAUAAUCGUGUACAAUAUUUUUCAAAUGGUUCACUCGUUGGUAAAACGAUCAACCGUAGCUCGGCAUCUAAUACUUCUGUCAAUGGGUUGUAUUUAGAUCCAGAUGGUACAAUUUAUGUAACACAAACAUCUUAUCAUAGAAUAAUUAAUUGGAUAACAGGUACUGUAGCAGCUGGUGGUAAUAAUAAUGGUAGUAACAUGGACCAAUUAACAAAUCCAAAGCGAAUAUUUAUUGAUAGAAAUUAUUCAGUUUAUGUAUCAGAUAGCGGAAAUAAUCGAGUCCAAAAAUGGGAACAAAACGCGUUGACUGGUACAACGGUAGCUGGUGGAAAUGGGCUGGGGAAUAGUACAGCUCAACUGAACGGUCCGUUGAGUGUCGCCGUCAGCUCCCGUGGUGAUGUUAUUGUGUUAGAUUCUGGGAAUAAUCGCAUACAGAAAUGGAGUGUACAAGCAGCAACUGGCCAAACAAUAGCGCCCGGUGAUGUGACAAUUGGCAAUUUAUCAAAUCAAUUGAAUAGCCCGCGUGGCAUAGCAUUAGACAGCGAUGAUAAUUUAUAUGUUGCAGAUACGAAUAAUAAUCGUGUACAAAAGUUUAGUAUCAUUACCUAA